AUGCUGAUCAAAGUCGUUGCUUAUUGUUCGCAGGAAGCCACCGUUCCUCAUUCGAACAAGAGCCGUGCUGAUCCAAGACGUUGGCCACCGUUCGCAGGUCGUGGAGACCUGUCAGGGGUAGCUGAUGGGAUUAGUGUCACAGUGGCUGCUAUUGGAGGCUUUGCGCAUCGCGCGACGAUGCAGGUCGUGUGCGCGGUGAUCACUGAUCUCAAGUUUUUCACUUUUGGUUUUGGCCGCCGAGUGUGUCCUGGUCAACAUGUCGCGAAUCGGUCCAUCUUCAUCAAUACGGCUGUUAUUCUCUGGGCUUUCCGCCUUUCAGAGAAUCCUGCAGCGAAGAUUGACACGCUUGCAAUCUCGAAUACUGCAACCGUACAUGCUGCUGCGUUUGAGAUAUGUUUAGAGAAGAGGAUCGAUGAGAAUGUGAUCAGGGAACUAUGUGCACCGGGCAAAUAA